AUGUAUUCAGCAAAGUUACUGAUUUUUCUGCAAAUUAAUGUUGGCUUAACCAAACUUUCUGUUUCAGUGACUGGUGAAGAGACUCCCGACUCGGCUUUUGAUCUAGUCCGGUGCCUUGUAAUGUUUUUGGGUGACUCUGACAUUUUAGAUAUUAUUAGAAAACCUCGGCCACUGAUAUUUGAGGCAGCAAAACGAGGAAACAUUAAGUUUCUAAGGUUAAUCCCGGAUGCUUAUCCUGAUCUGUUAUUUGAAAUUGAUGAAAAUAACUACAGCAUAUUUCAUUUUGCUGUUCUGUAUCGUCACCAACUCGUCUUCAAAAUCAUAUAUGAGAUAGGCUCAUUGAAGGAUUUGGUUCUUCAGAGCAAAGGUAAUGAAGGGAACAAUAUCUUGCGUUUGGCUGCAAGGUUGCCACCAUCUGAUAGUCCCAAUAUCAAAUCAGCUGGAAUUCUUGCCAAACUGCAGUACUUUUCAUUGAAGAUAAUGAUAUUGAACAACCUUCCUUCAUCACAAUAUGGGAGGGGACUUUCAAUUCAAUCUUGUUUCCCUGAGAUCAAAUCUGUUGCAAAUUCCUCUUGCAAAUCUUCUGGGGAAGAUGAUGCAAGCUUAGGCAUAUUUUCUGACAAUGACUUGAGCCUGAAAGAUGCUUUUGGGCCAGCAACAUUUGAUCAUGGCCACUAUGAAACUUCCUUCAAUUUUGCCUCUGAUAUUCAACACUCUCAUCUUCAAUCACAUCAUCAAGCUGUAAAAAGCCCAAUAGAAUUUCUGGAAGCUAAAGAAUUUGAUGACCAUGUCGUUUUAGAUCAAUCAAUUUGGCCCUUUCAUGAUUCAAGCAAUCAAAUGCCAUCUAUUUCCGGGGAACCAAACACACGAGCUGUAGAGACUACAUGGCUCUCAUGGUCUUGCUUUUUUUUUUUUUUUUUUUUUUUUUUUGCAGGUGAUGUACAAAGGAAUUACUUUACUGCUUUUGUUCCUCUACAUAAUGCGGCGCUUAAAGGCGAUUGGGAGUUUGCAAGGGAGUUUUUGAUUUUGAAUCCACAAGCAGUAUGUGCUAGGAUCACGAGAAACCAGGAAACAGCUCUUCACAUUGCUGCUGGAGCUAGACAUACAAUUUUUGUCCAAGAGCUUGUGAACAUCAUGAAACCUGAAGACCUGGCACUGCCGAACAAGGUUGGGAACACAGCCCUCUGUUUUGCUGCCAUAUCCAGAAUCAAAAAGAUUGCAGAGGUGAUGGUUAAUAAGAACAGUAGGUUGCCAUCAAUUCGAGGCAGUAAGGGAGCAACCUCGUUGUGUAUGGCUGCUUUGUUAGGCCACAGAGAAAUGGUCUGGUAUCUUUAUUCUGUGACUGAGGAAGAGUAUCUAAAAGAAGAAGAUCGUGUAGAGCUUCUUGUUGCUGUCAUCAAUGCAGGCCUCUAUGAUGUGGCAUUGGACUUAAUUAAGCAUCAUCCUGAGUUAGCUGUUGUUCGAGAUGGAAGAAGAGAGACGGCUCUUCAUGUAUUGGCACGGAAGCCUUCAGCAUUUGUAAGUGGAAGUAGGAUUGGAAUUUGGCAGAGGUGCAUUUACUCUUUUUCACGUUUCAGGGCAAUCCUUGACAAAAAGUUGAUGCAUCUUCAAGCUCUAGAAUUGGUGAAGCAACUGUGGGAGCAAGUGUUGUUGCUAGAUGACUAUAAAAUUGGAGAACUACUUCGGAAACCUUCAAGACUGUUGUUCACCGCUGCAGAGUUGGGGAAUGUUGAAUUCAUUAAAGUGCUGAUUCGGAUGUAUCCUGACCUUAUUUGGAAAGUAGAUGAUCACAGUCAAAGCAUAUUUCACAUUGCAGUGUUGCAUCGUUAAGAAAACAUUUUUAAUCUGAUUCAUGAGAUUGGCGCUCAUAAAGAUUUGAUAGCAGCUUAUGAAGAUGAAAAUAACAAUAACAUGUUGCAUUUGGCUGGAAAGCUUGCCCCCCCCCCAGAGAGACUCAAAAUUGAUUCUGGUGCAGCUUUGCAACUUAGACGAGAGUUGCAUUGGUUCAAGGAAGUCGAAAAAGUUGUUCAACCGUCUUAUAGAGAAACCAAAAAUUCCGAGGGUAGGACACCUCAUAUUUUGUUUUCGGAGGAGCAUAGAAGACACGAAGGGGAAAAGUGGAUGAAAGACACUGCAUCUUCAUGUAUGCUUGUCGCAACACUUAUUGCAACUGUGAUGUUUGCUGCAGCCUUCACUGUACCAGGAGGCAAUAACAAUCUUACAGGCAAGCCUGUUUUUCUACAUCACAGGUCAUUUUUUAUUUUCGCCAUAUCGGAUGCAUUGGCACUAUUUUGCUCUGCCACCUCAAUAUUGAUGUUUCUCUCCAUUCUCACCUCCCGCUACGCAGAAGAAGAUUUCCUGCAUUCAUUACCAAACAGGCUGAUAAUAGGGUUUGCAGCUCUCUUUAUCUCUAUAGCAACCAUGAUGGCAGCAUUUGGAGCCACUCUUUUCAUUGUUCUAAGUGAUGACUUUGCGUGGAUAGCUAUUCCAAUAGCCACUGUUCCUUGUGUUCCUGUCACCCUGUUUCCUCUGCUCCAAUUCCCCCUUCUUUCUGAUAUGAUUAGUCACUUGUAUAAUUUUAGUAUUUUUGCUAAUUCAAAUCAUCACUUGUAUUAGGUCAUUGCAAAACAAUCUUUUCAUAAUGUACUGGA